GACGGAGCAUCGCGAGCACGGACUGAUUUGCUUUAGUUCAAUAGAAGCAACGAUUGAGGCCAGUUCGUCAUCUCGCGGCAGAUAAGUUAAUUUUACACGGAUGAACUUUCUCGCUGUCGCCGUCUGUCACCGCCGCGGCCCCCGUCACGGAACGCGGCGGGCUUGUUUGUGCCGGUUGUCCGGGCGCUGCUCCGAGGUUUUCCAGUGAGGCGUCAGACGCGUCUCAGCGUUCGGUCACCGGUUAUUUCAGAGCGUGUGAUCCUCCUGACGUCAAUUUAUAAGGACCCAGCGGUGCCGGGGCGGCGGCAGAGAAUAAGGGCUGAACGGGGGAAGACGGAGGCGAGGAGAGGCCGGAGCAUGUGUGUGACUCUCCGUUAGUGGACGUGACCGACCCUCCUGAAGGUGCAUGCCGCGGCGCAGCUAUGGGGAAGGACUACUACAAAACCCUGGGCAUCCCCAAGGGCUCCAACGAGGAGGAGAUCAAGAAGGCGUACCGGCGCAUGGCGCUGCGCUUCCACCCGGACAAGAACACGGACGCCAACGCCGAGGAGAAGUUCAAGGAGAUCGCCGAGGCCUACGACGUCCUCAGUGACCCCAAGAAGAGGGCCGUGUACGAUCAGCUGGGAGAGGAAGGCCUGAAGACGGGCGGCAGCAGCUCCUCGGGCGCCCCCGGCAGCUCCACCUACCACUACACCUUCCACGGAGACCCCCACGCCACCUUCGCCUCCUUCUUCGGCGGCUCCAACCCCUUCGACGUGUUCUUCGGCUCCAACCGCGGCCACGGCCGCUCCAACGGCUUCUCCUUCCACAACGACCACGCCAACGAUGCGGACCAGGACAUGGACGUGGACGAGGACGACCCCUUCGCCCACUUCGGGCGGCAGUUCGGCUUCCCGGCGGAGGGCCGCAGGAGGAGGGGGGCGCCGUCGGAGAGGCUGGGGACCGGGCGCAAGCAGCAGGACCCGCCGGUGGUCCACGAGCUGAAGGUCUCGCUGGAGGAGAUCUUCCACGGCUGCACCAAGCGCAUGAAGAUCACGCGGCGCCGGCUCAACCCGGACGGCCGCAGCAUGAGGACGGAGGACAAGAUCCUCAACAUCGUCAUCAAGAAGGGCUGGAAGGAGGGGACCAAGAUCACCUUUCCAAAGGAGGGGGACGAGACCCCGGAGAACAUUCCUGCCGACAUUGCCUUCGUGCUGAAGGACAAAGGCCACGCCCACUUCAAGAGGGACGGCUCCAACGUCAUCUACAACUGCAAGAUCAGCCUGAAAGAGGCGCUGUGUGGCUGCACUGUUAGCAUUCCCACGCUGGAAAACCGCGUCAUCUCUCUUCCCUGUCAUGACAUCAUCAAGCCGGGAACCGUGAAGCGGCUCAGGGGGGAAGGUCUUCCGUUCCCCAAGAACCCGUCGCAGCGCGGCGACCUCAUCGUGGAGUUCUCGGUCCGCUUUCCCGACAGGAUCCCGCCUCAGUCCAGGGAGAUCAUCAGACAGCACCUCCCGCAGUCGUAGAGGGACCCGUCUCAAACUCCUCCUCCUCCUGCUCCACACACUCCAGACUAAACCCAGAAAAACUACAUCCAUCUAGAAUUCAACCUUUACUGUAGUAAAUCUCCCCUUCCCUCGUUAAUGCCCACAGCAUUAAACAGACUGUGGUUUGUAGGAACUUCACAGAUAGGAGGUGAUGGAGGAGCCCAACAAGGUGUCAGGACGUCUUUUGGCCUAAGCACACACACACACACACACACACACACACACAAACACACACACAAGCACCCGAGCUCUGCUGAGGACGGGCUAAAUCCCGUCUUUUACCAGAACCUCUUUUCUUAACUCUGUUUUUUACGGAUUUACUGUAUCUGUUUUUUAUGCCGUCCAGUGAUGACGUGUGAGACAUUUUUUUAAAAGAAACCAUUUUUUUCCAGGACUUUCUUCUCCAGAGGAGCUUUCAAACAAUACAGGACUAUUUAUUUUUCCCUUGCGUGUACCAGCGGUUUCAGCGUAAUCAGUCCAAGCCCCACUUUUAACAUGACUCUCCCACUCAUGCUUUCAGGCUAAUAAAGCUCCUUGUCUGUGGGACAUACGAUCCAUCUCCCCCAAAACCAGUUGUACUUCGUGCCACAGUCUAACAUUACUCACAUCAACUCAGCUGCAAUGGAAAAAUCUGGGAUCGACAAUCACAUACUGUAACAACAGUGUACGCUUGGAUAAUACAAUCUACACGUAACAUGGGUGCUUUCCAUUCUGAGCUGCGUGGCUGCUCUGAUCUUAAUAGCCUGGCUCGGUAUCUGAGUAACAUUUCGGUGCCUUAGCCCGGUGUCCUACCACACAUGUGAAGAAACACAAAGCUCACACUGUAAUAUAUAGAAAACCAGCCAUGUAACGCGCACAGACGGUGCCCGAUGCUGUGUUAGACGUUAGACCUUUGAUAGCUGGUGAUCUGGGGGGGGGGGGCAAUGUUAAGUCAGUAACUAUAUGUAAGUGUAUGUGAGCAGGGACUUGUAUAUGGAGAGAUUCGCCAGUGCACCUCUGUAAAGUGCCGUACAAGUACAGGUUGGACUCCCCAGAUGAAUACGCACGUGAGUUAAUACUUGAGAUGCGUCUGAGGAGUCCGGCUUUGUUGUGUAUAUUCUGCUGUCUCUUGGCCAUGUCUCGGUGCUACUGUACGCAGUGCCAAAAAUAGACCACGUCCGCGUCUAGGUUUCAGUUUUCUUAGAUCCUCGGGUUGUGAUUUGAUCCGUAACCUCUUUACAGCCAACAGUGUUAUUUCUUUCAAUUAGGACGUGCAGGUCGCUCCUCAGAGCUUCCUGCAGUACUUUACAGCCAUACUAUUAUAUAUGUUUUAUGCAGACAGCCCUCAUAGGUUGUAUAUAUAUAAUGUGUACGGGAACAUGGUGAUGAAUGCACUUUUUAUGCCAUAAGGAUGCAUAAGGAUGGGGGAGAGAUUUGAAUGACUUAACAAAUGAGCAGCCUGCACCUGGGAUGUUCAGAGACUGUGGCUACAAGCAGAAUGCACGCGCUGCUGCUGCUGCUGAUGCUGCUGCUGCUGAGAGACUCACUGUUACUACUUAUGUGCAUUUGAUGAUCUUUUCAGUAUGGAAACAAAUAAACCAAACGUGUGAAGGUAA